AUGAGCAUGGUGACACUUUUUGGUCUCUAUUCCAGCAUGGGACUCUGGUCCAGAAUAUCUCCCACCCCUGCCAGCUCUGUCAUGAUGCUGUUUCUCAUGAAACAGGCCAAAGGAUCUCUGCUGGAAAAAACCACGACUGGAUGGAACAAAUAUAAACAGGAAUGCUUGAAAAUGCUGCAGGAAUCAACUGUAGAUACUGGAACACAUUGCAAUGGGACAUUUGAUCAGUUUGUUUGUUGGCCUUACUCACCCCCUGGAAAUGUCUCUGUUCCUUGUCCUUCCUAUUUGCCGUGGUUGGAAAAUGGAAGUGUAGGCCAUGUAUACAGAGUCUGCUUGGCUGAAGGGAUUUGGCAAACAAAGGAAAAUUCCACAGACAUUUGGCGGGAUAGCUCCGAAUGUUCUGAGAAAAAUCAUUUCCAGAAAAAUGAAGAAGAACAUAAGCUACUCACCACAUUACAGCUGCUGUACACGAUAGGAUAUUACUUUUCCCUCAUCUCACUUGUAUUAGCUCUGCUUAUACUUUCCUUACUCAGAAAACUUCAUUGCACAAGAAACUACAUCCACAUGAAUUUGUUUGCCUCGUUUAUCCUACGAGCCACAGCAGUUCUCAUAAAGGACACUGUGUACUACAAUAUCUACUCCAAAAGACCAAAGGAUGAAACUGGGUGGAUAUUAUACCUCAGUCCAGAGAUCGUGAUCAUCUGUAGGACUGCCCAGUUUUUCAUGCAUUACUUUGUUGGGGCAAAUUACUUUUGGCUGUUAGUGGAAGGAAUUUACCUGCACACCUUGUUGAUAACUGUGGUGCUCUCUGAGAGACGACUGCUCCAAAAAUACAUUGUCAUAGGAUGGGUUGUUCCCAUCCUGUUUGUGGGCCCUUGGGGAAUAAGCAGAUCCAAGCUGGAGAACACAGGGUGCUGGGGAACAAAUGAACACAUGGGAAUCUGGUGGAUCAUCCGAGGACCAAUGUUGUUUUCCAUUGCA